AUGGCUCCUAUUGAUAGCACACCCGUUGAUCCCAACGCUCCUUUAAAGAAGAAGCCCAUCUCAUACAAAAACUUGUUAUUGGGUGCAUCUCUCAACUUGUUCGAAGUAUCCACGCUUGGACAACCUUUCGAGGUCAUUAAAACACAGCUUGCUGCUAAUCGAGGACAAUCAUUGAAGACUGCACUCUCCAACAUCUACAGCAGAGGCGGUGUCUUGGGCUUUUAUCAAGGCUUGAUUCCAUGGGCAUGGAUUGAAGCUUCGACCAAAGGCGCUGUUUUGCUUUUUACUGCCUCCGAGUUCGAGUACCAUGCUAGAGCUGCUGGUGCAUCUCCAUUUGUCGGAGGUAUCGUUGGUGGUAUGGGUGGAGGUAUUGCUCAAGCUUACACAACUAUGGGCUUUUGUACCUUUAUGAAGACUGUUGAGGUCACGCGCCAUAAAUCAGCUACCAAGGAAUCUACGUUCAAGAUUGCUGGUGAUAUAUUCAAGAAGGAGGGUAUUGCUGGUAUCAAUAAGGGUGUGAAUGCUGUUGCACUUCGUCAAUGCACCAAUUGGGCAUCUAGAUUCGGUAUUACACGUUUCGCACAAGAGUCCAUUAUAAAGAGUCGUUACGGAGAUGCACCUGAUGCUCAUCUUCGUGCAACUGCCCUCGAUAAGGCUCUUGCGUCGAUCAUUGGUGGUGCAUUAUCAUGUUGGAAUCAACCCAUCGAAGUGAUCCGUGUGGAGAUGCAGAGUCAAGUCAAAGCAACUGGUCGUCCUGAAAAUAUGACUAUCGCUACAGCAACCAAAUACAUCUAUCAGCAAAAUGGCAUGAAGGGAUUCUAUCGUGGUGCUUUACCCCGUAUUGGUUUGGGUAUGUGGCAAACACUUUGUAUGGUUGCACUUGGCGAUUACUUCCGUGCUUUCUUUGGCACCAACUAA